GUGGGGAUGGAGAGGGGGAAAGUAAAGAGGGAGAAGGGGAAGGAGCCGGAGAAAGAGAAAACUCAGCAAAAAGGAAAGGAGGAGAAAAACAAAAAGAAGGUGGAGAAGGAGAAAAUCAAGGAGAAAGAAAAGGGAAAGGAGAAGAUUACGGAGAAAGAAAAGGGGAAGGAGGAGAAGAUUAAGGAGAAAGAAAAGGGGAAAGAGGAGAAGAUUAAGGAAAAGAACGGGAAGGAGAAAAAAGAAAAGGGGAAGGAGGAGAAGACUGAGAAGGGGAAGGAGGAGAAAAUUAAGGAAAAGGAGAACGGGAAGGAGAAAAAGGGGGGGAAGGAGGAGAAAACUAAGGAAAAGGAGAACAGGAAGGGGGAGAAAAGUAAGAGAAAUGAGGAUGAAAAGAAGCAAGAGCGGGAGACGGAGAAAGAGAAGCAGCAAUUCAAGGAAAAAGAAGAGAAAGACAAGGACAACAGCACGUUGAUAAAAAUCCCACUGGCGCCGCUGGAGAAAAAUAAGCAGAUCCUAGUGCUGGGCCUGGAUGGGGCAGGAAAGACCAGUAUUCUCCACUUUCUUGCUUUAAACCGAGUCCAGCGCAGUGUGGCCCCCACCCAAGGUUUCAAUGCAGUGUGCAUCAGCACCCAGGACCACCAGAUGGAGUUCCUGGAGAUUGGCGGCAGUGAACCUUUCCGUUCCUAUUGGGAAAUGUACCUGUCCAAGGGCUUGCUGUUGGUAUUUGUGGUGGAUUCAGCAGAUCACAAAAGACUACCUGAAGCCAAGAAAUACCUUCAUCAACUAAUUGGAACAAACCCGGUCCUUCCUCUGGUUGUGUUUGCAAACAAACAGGAUCUUGAAGCAGCCUAUCACAUUACAGAUAUCCAUGAAGCUCUGGCAUUAUCUGAGGUGGGAAAUGACAGGAAGAUGUUCUUGUUCGGAACCCAGGUGACUGAGAGCGGCUCAGAGAUACCGUCCAUCAUGCAGGACGCCAGAGACCUGAUUGCACAGCUGGCUGCAGACACAAGUGACCGGCACAGCCUCUACGAGACUCACGACUUCCAGUUUCCAGUCCAGCAUGUAAGAAGCUUGGAAGCCAUGAGGCCAUUCUAACAAGUAAAAAGCUGAACAGACUGAAAAAUCAGUGUUGGAGAGACGAACGGAAUACAGAGAAUGACAGUUUACCAGAGCAGAGACUCAUAAUGGGAACUCCCCAUGGGGACCAGUGCCUGCCUGUUAGUCACUCAGUUGUGUCCAACUCUUGGCCACCCAUGGGCUGUAGCCCGCCAGGCGCCUCUGUCCAUGGGAUUCUCCAGGCAAGAAUACUAAAGUGAGUUGCCAUUCCCUUCUCCAGGGAGAUCUUCCCAACCUGGGAUUGAACCUGAGCCUUCUGCAUGGCAGGCAGAUUCCUUACCACUGAGCCACCUGGGAAUCCCACUCUGUUAUUAGCAGAGAGUAACCAGAGCCUGACUGACCUGGAGGAAAGGAAAUACCCAACUCUAGUCCACUCCAGUCAUUCUGUUCCACCUAAGAGGGCAGAAAACUAAGACUUAAGUCUGCAGUCCAGAGGCACAGAGUCUCUAAAAGGCUGAGACCUCAUCAUAAGACUAUAGAAUAUUCUCCCUUCCCCCACCUCACCAACACAUUGCUAAAGGCCUAUUUAUAGAAGUUCCUUUUACCCAAUACAUCAUGCCUGGCUAUCAGGAAAAGCUACAAGACAUACUAAAAGGAAAAAAACACAGAAGAGACACAGCAUGCACUGUACAGAAAUGAAGAAUGUUUGAUGGGCUUGUUAAAAGACUAGACCUGGCUAAGGAAAGAAUCUCUGAGCUUGAGGAUAUCUCAAUAGAAACUUCCAAAACUGAAAAUCUAAGAGAGCAAGGACUGGAAAAACAGAACAGAAUAUGCAAGGACUGUGGGACAACCACAAAAGUUGCAAUAUGUGUUUAAUGGGAAACCAGAAAGAGGAAAGAAAGGAACAAUAAAUAUUUGAAACAGUGACUGAGAAUUUCUCCAAAUUAAUGUCAGACACCAAACCAGAGAUCUCAGAAGUGCAGAGAACAUCAAGGAGGAUAAAUGCCCCCAAAAAACCAUACAUAGGCAUAUCACUUUUAAGCUGCAGAAAAUCAAAGAUGAAGAAAAUUUAAAAACCUAGAAAGUAGUCAGUGGGAAAAACACCUUACUGUGAAGGAUCAAAGAUAAGAAAUACAUUAAACUUCUUAGAAACUAUGGAAACAGGGAGAGUGGAAUAAAUAUAGUGUUGAGAGAAAGAACCAUCAGCCUAGAUGUGUACCCUGUGAAAUCCUUCAAAAGUGAAAGAGAGGGCUUCUCUGGUGGCUCAGUGGUAAAGAACCCUCCUGCCAGUGUAGGAGACAUGGGUUCUAUUCCUGAUCCAGGAAGAUCCCACAGGCCACGGAGCAGCCACACCCGUGAGCUGCAACUACUGAGCCUGUGCCUACAGCCCGGGAGCCGCAGCUACUGAAGCCCGGGUGCCCUCGAGCCUGCAGCUAGAGAAGCCUGCGCAAUGCAACCAUAGUGUAGCCCCACUCGCUGCAACUGGAGCCAAGCCCACACAGCAACAAAGAGCCAGUGUAGCCAAAAAUAAAUUAAUUAAUUUUUAAAAAAUUUUAAGUGAAGAAAAAAGAAUUUCUGAGACAAAAAUUGAGGGAAUUUGUGGCCAGUACUUCUGCAUUGCAAGAAAGAUUAAGAGAGAAGAAAAAUAGUAGAGUUCAGAAAUUUGGAUCUAUAUAAAAGAAGAACACUGGGAAAAGAAUAAGUGAGGAUAAAAUCAAAACUUAUUUUUCUUAUUCUUAAUUCAUCUGACAGAUUACAGUUUCUUCAAAAUAAUAACAGCAAGCACUAUAUUUGACUAUGUAUGCUUAUGUGUGUGUAUAAAUGUUACAACAGCAGUGAUAGAAGGAAUGAGAGGAAGGAAUUAGGAUUUAGUCAUCAUAAGGUUUUCACACUACCUGUGAAAUGGUAUAGUGUUCUUUAAAGUAGACUUGGAUUUCUUGUUAAUAUAUAUUGCAAACUCUAAGACAACCACUGAAAAAAUAAAGGAAGUUAUAACUGAUAUGCCAAGAAAAGAGAGAAAAUGAAAUCAAGUAAAAUGCUCAAAACCACAAAAGGGAGAAAAAGAGUGGAAGACAAAAAGAGAAACAACAAGGACAAAUAGAAAACAAUAAAAAUAUGGUAUCUAUUAAUCCAACUAAAUCAAUAAUCACUUUGUAGGUCAAGGAUCUAAAUGCACCAGUUGAAAGACAGAAAUUGUCAGGGUGGAUUUAAAAAAAAGAUCCAGCCAUAUGUUGCCUACAAGAAACUCACUUGAAGUAUAAAGAGACAUAUGGAUUAAAAUUAAAUAAAUGGAGAAAGAUAUAACACUAAUCAAAAGAAAGCAGCAGUAGCUAUAUUAAUUUCAGACAGAGAAGACUUCAGAGUAAUGAAAGUUACCAGGGAUAAAGAAGGCAAUUAUACGUAAAGCACAAACAACAUCAAACUAAAAAGCCUCUACAUAGCAAAAGAAGCCAUCAAAAAAAUAAGAAAACAACCAAUGGAUUGGGGGAAAUAUUUGUAAACCACCUAUCUGAUAAAGGGUUAAUAUUAAAAAUAUAUAAAGAACUCAUACACUCCAUUAAAGAAAAAUAUAAAGGACAAAGGACCUGAACAGACGUUUUUUUCCUCAAAGAAGUUCUUUUAUAAAUAACAAGUACAUGAAAAUAUGCUCAACAUCACUCAUCAUUAGGAAAAUAUCAAUUAAGCAAUGAGAUAUCCCCUCAAGCCUAGUAGAACGGCCAUCAUCAAAAAGACGCGAUAACAAGUGCUGCCUUGGAUGUAGAGCAAAGGGAAUCUUUGGUACUGUUGGUGGGAUUGUAAGUUGGUACAGCCACUGUGAAAAACAGUAUGGAGGCUUCUCAAAAAGUUAAAAUAGAACUAUCAUAUAAUUCAGCAACUCCACUUCUGAGACUAUAACCAAAGGAAAUGAAAAUACUAACUCAAAAAGAUAUCUACACCACCAUGUUCCUAGCAGCGUUAUUUACAAUAGCAAAGACAUAGAAACAACCUAAGUGUCCGCUGAUAGGCAAAUGGAUAAAAGAAUUUGUAGUGUAUACAGUGGAGUAUUAUUUAGCCAUAAAAAAGGAAAUUCUAUCCUUUGCAACAUAGAUGGACCACGAAGCAUUAUGCUA